GCUAUACAGUGAAUGAUAGCGUGUAGAUUAGUGUAAGAUUCUGACUUACUUCUGAGGGAGAUUUUUACCUUUACUACUCCAGAAUGUCGGCUAGUAUGGGAUUACCACUCAACCCCAAGCCCUUCCUCAACGGGCUGACGGGCAAGCCAGUCAUGGUCAAACUCAAGUGGGGUAUGGAGUACAAAGGCUACCUGGUCUCUGUGGACGGCUACAUGAACCUUCAGCUUGCAAACACAGAGGAGUAUAUUGAUAGUGUAUUUCAGGGAAACCUCGGUGAAGUUCUGAUCAGAUGUAACAAUGUGAUGUACGUGAGAGGCGUCGAAGAGGAAGAGGAAGAUGGCGAGAUGAGAGAAUGACAGGCAGGUGCCAUGGCAACCAGAGGAGAUUCAGCACUACCGUCAUCAUCCUAGGAUUUCCUCGUAGUAUUUGGGCCCAAUUUCACGGAGCUGAUUAGCAUAAGUUCCUGCUAAGCGAUUUGAUGUACUGAGCACAAAUCUGACAAAAAUCUACUGGUAGAUUACUGACAGUUUCAGCUGGUGACUGGUUUUUGCAAAGCAACUGUUUUCUCUGCAUACAACGUGUAGUAGUUUUUUGUCAUCUACGUUGGCUGUUAUUUUGGGCGAAGACUGUUUUGUUUGUUUUUCUAAGCAAAUGUUAACUCUGCUUAUUGGAUUUUCUAAGUAGGUCUGUGAAAUUGGGCCCCAUGCUAUGUGUUGCUUCCGUUAACUCUUUCAGUGCCAAAGUCGUACAUGUACGA